GUGUUAUGGUAUCAUGCAUAUUAUGUCGGUUGCUUGAUGCUUGAUAGCAAAACAUUUAAAGAGUAUAGGUGUAAACUUAAUCAUUCGAUUAAAUUUUAUUAUCAUUUUGAUAAAUUAUUGAAGCGACUAAAUUAUUUGAAAUCUUAUAAAUUUUCCUAAAUUAUAUUAUUUCUUAUUUUUAUUAUUAUAAAGGUAAAUAAUCAUUACGGACUUUGAAACACUACAUAUAUUUUAAUAAAAUUAAUUUAUAAGAUUUGCAACAAUUUAUUUUGAAUAUUUAAUUUGAAGAAAAGCAGUACCAUGAUUGAAGUUAUUUGUAAUGAUAGAUUGGGGAAAAAAGUCCGAGUUAAAUGUAAUCCUGAGGAUACUAUUGGCGAUUUAAAAAAACUUAUAGCGGCACAAACAGGUACAAAAUGGGAAAAAAUAAUGCUCAAAAAGUGGUACACAAUUUUCAAGGACCACAUUAGACUUCAAGAUUAUGAAAUUCAUGAUGGAAUGAACAUUGAAUUAUAUUAUCAAUAAAGAAAAACCUGAUGUAAACAAAUUGUUUGCUAAGUUAUUUUAUUUUUUCAAGAAUAAUAAUUUAUACAUAAUAUAUUGUACUUAUACAAAAUAUUUUUCAUAGUUACAUUUUUACCUUCAUGUUUAUUGUACUACUCUUUGUAACAUUAAAAAUAUACAAAAAAUAUUAAUUUCAA